AUGGGAAGAACUAAUAAAAAUUAUUAAACGUAUUUUAGAUUUAUAAAUUAGAGAAGCAUAAGAUUUUGAAUUUGGAUAAUAUUUCAAUAACUUUAAAUGGAAUUAUAUUUAUGAGAAUAUUUGGAUGUAUUUAUUUUUAUUUUUUUAGCUAUGAGGGAUAUUAUAAUGAGCAAGGUUAAAAAAAUGGCAAAUAGUUUGAGCUAAAUGAUGUUGUUUGGGAAUAUUUAUAAAUGUAUUUUUUUUUUAGAAGUUUGGUGAUUUAUAACGGAGAAUAGAACAACUGGAAGUAAGUCGGUAAAUGGGAUAUUUUAAAAUUUUUAUAGAAGUAAAAAUAUACAUAAAAAAUAAACUUUUAGUGGUUGUAAGUUAUAUGAUGAUUAAAAGUUACUUAGCGUCACAGGCUCCAAAAAAAUAGGUAGAUAGGUUGAGUUGA